AUGAAAAAAUGUCUGGUGGCUGAAACUAAAACUCUCCUACAAUUAUCUGGUGUAAAAAAGAUUACAUCAGUUUACUUUGGUGGAGGUUAGAUUAUUGUUGCAUUUAAGUAGUAUUAUGUAAUAACUAAGGUAGUUUGCAUGCUCCAAUUGGCUGAGAGGGUCGUUUGCAUGGGAGAGUGUAAACGCAGUUGUGUUGUCACAGUCUUUUCUGUUUCAAAAUAAUACCUGCUUUCACUAUCACUUUAUUCAUAGCAACAAUCACUUCAUCGAUAAUUACGAAGUUCUGUCACCAAGAAAAGUCCUAAGUUCUCCAAGCAACAAUGAUUUUUCAAUCUUAGGUUAAUCGUUAGACCUCAGUAACACCUGAUUGUUAUGGAAAUUUAGGGCUCAUACUAGCAGUAACUGAUGGUUAGGAAUUGCGGGCGAACAUGUGGGUUAAAGAUGUGAUUGAUCAGAUGAGAACCGCUUUCAUAAUUGCGUACGUGAAUCAGAGAAAGCCCUUUUAGUUGCUGUGUCAACAAAAGAAAUUACUGCGGAUCAUGAGCGCAGAAACUUAAUUGAGCAACACAGUAAACAAUACUCCUAUCAGUUUAAUUCAACGAUUUUAUUCACAGUUGCCUAGUUACAAUUAGCCUGCGAAUGAUGAGGAGCGAGGAGAGAAGACGAUAUUCGCAGGCAAAGAUACAAUGAAACAGUAAUGCGUGACACAACGCCCUACCUGAAAUGUAUACAGUCACAACUGCACCAAGUUUUAUUAUUCAAUCGGUUGUUCAGUCCGUGUUCAAUAACGAAAGGCCGUUGAUAUGCAAAAGAAAAUAAUGAAAAAAGCUUAGCCAGGUUACCACUGGAGUUUAAAGCUUAUUGAAGCUUUCUGAUGACAAGAAGAUGAGAUCCCCCACCAGUUGACAACAGAACUGAAUGAACAAAGGGUAACAAUCUUCCGCGAUUAGUUGCAAGUAUUUGAACCUGAUGGCCCUAAAUAAGAGGUUUUCUGAUGUUGUUGCGGGUGACGAGUGUUAGAUUCCCUUCUUCACUAUGAAGAUAAACGUUCUAACAUGGUGUGGCUGGCCGAAGAUGAACCACGCCCUGAGGCCCUGAAAACAGGUUUCCCUCCAAGAAAGAGAAUGUUCACCGUUUUCGUCAAUACUCGAGGGCCUGUUGUUGUCGACAUAACGCCCGACAAAGCUACAGUCACUACCACAUAUUACACAACUUCAGUUUUGCCAAACGUUCUUCUGUACAAUCAGUCAACGGCACGGACUCGACGUCGGUCUCGAAUCCAGUUACAUCACGACAAUGCAGCUCCUCACAAAGCUCGCAUCACACAGACGUACCUUGAUGACAAUGGUAUCCGUUUGAUGGAACAUCCACCAUAGUCAUCCGACUUGGCGUCGUGCGAUUUCUGGCUCUUUCCAAAAUUCAAAUCUGCCCUUGCUGGGAAACCUUUUUCAAGGACCCAAGACCUUGCUAAAGCUGUGCAUUCAGAUAUGAGGGCCAUACCUGAUUCAGAGUACCGAGAAUGCUUUCAGAAGUGGAGGAUGAGGAUGCAACGAUGUAUAGAAGUCGAGGGAAGAUGCUUUGAGGCAAUGUGACUGUAAUUCUUGAAAUUGCAGGUGAACUAUGGGAGAUAUAGGUUAAGUGACAGAACUUCUUGAUCCGCCCUCGGAACAAUAAGUUUGUGCACUUUGUUCAUCUCAAGCUUUAUUGCUUUGCAAACACUAAGCUCACAAAAGGUUUUGAGCUUAAAACUCUGCAAGUUUGCUUUGUUCGCGCAUUUCUGUAAUGGUUAAAUUUAUAUAAUUUGGAAAAUUGCAAACCUGCUGUAUCAACAAUUUUUCAAUUUAAUUAAUGUUUUAAGGGAGAAAAUUUCAUACAUUGUUUUUCAUAGCCUGACGAGAACUCGAAAGUAAUGAAAUCUUUGUUCCUACUUCGUGCCUUUUAGGCUCGAGAAUUUUUUCCAGUUUAAGGGCAAUAGGAGUUACGCCUUUAUUUACUAUUAACUUUGCCAUGAUUUUCUUGUUUUUGCCCGGAUCAGACAAACCGUCCUUGAACUUGUACUCGGAAGUCAAAAGUGGAUUUGCUGAGACGCAGUAAUUCUCUGCAGGGUCCUGGUUGGUACUGGCACUGUCCUUUAUUGGAGACUUACGCUCUGUAUUGGUUGUGUUGGGUACCUGCAAUAAUUCUUGUUCCACAAUAGUAUCGGGACUUAGAGAGACUUCUUGCUUCCCUUGACAACGAUGAAUAAGGUCUUUGUUUUUUAUUUCCUGUAAUGGCGCUUUUAUUUUCUGGGCAAUGGCAUAGAGCUUCGUGUCACUGGGUUGCAGUGAUACGUUUUGCUUUGGUGAGUUGACUGUAGGUUCUUGAAUUUCCGUCUAGAAUGCUUGCUUAUCGGCCGGAGUCUUUUUCCUUUUCUCCGUUUUCACCAUGGAUUAGAACAUGAACAGUGGGUGCGCAGAAUGUGCGUGGAUUACCGCUUCGUAACUGAAAUGCGAGGUCAGAGUCUAAUGAGCUGGCGUGGGUUCGUUUUGUUUAUCUUUGUCAUUUUUCUUUCCUUUGCGCAUUGGAAAAAUAACUUUUUUUGAAGAAAGCGGUACAAGUUUUUCAGGAGGUUGAGCACUUUGACGUGGUCUCUCAUGGUCGAAUCCGCAGUUUGGACAGAUGUUCUCAUUGUUCUCAUUCUGUUUUAUGGAGGUUUCUUUUGUUUUAUUUCCCUUUGAAAGUAUGGGAUCCUAUCCAGUGUAAUCUGUUUACCGGACCUUGAUCAGAUCUGAGCGUUUGUUUUCUCUUAUGUCGUUUGCUUGGCGGUCAAUGUUAAAGUACAGGUAAAGGUCCUUAUCUCACGUCGGUAAUUUGUACCAAUACACAUUGCACUGAGAAACCUGUGGCCGAUGCUGCACUCAUCUUACCCAACUCUCUCCAUCAGUGCUCUGCGUAAAAGAAAAAGUCGAAACAAGGAUUUGAGAUCAUACUUGGGAAUCAAACGCAAAACCUCCCGCAUUGGUGGCCCGCAACACUAACCGACUGUGCUACUUCUUUUUUGUCUUUAAUCAUGGCUUCUCCAAGUUUUCUUCCGUAUUACAUCAACAAGGUCGGUAUAAAGCUACAUUUAGCUACCUGAAGUACGUAAACAAAUGUGAUAUUGAGCAACAUUAUACACGCGACAUUGCUGAUUUUAACAGUAUGCAUGACACGUGGUAAAUACGAAACUAGUAUAUGCACCUGACCCUUCAGGAGUCUAUCCGGAGCUCAGUGGAUGGCGUGCCUUCCCAGUGCUCUGGACGUCAUAGGUUUGAACCCUGUCAGGAACUCUAAAUUUGUGUUUGUCCCACGGUCAUGAUACGCUAAUUAUCGCUUGUUUUUUAAACAAUUUUGUCUGGUGUUUGAUCGUAAAGUGUUUGUCAGUUUUGGUUGAAAUUUUUUUUUUCCUUUAGGUACCCCAAGUUUAGCAGAACCUUUGAUUAUUUCGUCAGUGCUAGAAACCAUUUCAAGAUUUAGCUACUUACCAACUGAUGUUGAAAUUACAUUGGAAGCAAAUCCAACAUCUGCUGAAACAGGCCAACUUAGGUAUUUUGUAUUUGUGUUUUAUUUUUACUCCAUCCUAUAAUACAUUAGAUGUACAAUAAUACAAUAGUUGUACAAUAUCAAUAAUACAUUAGUUGUACAAUAUCAAUUGGUACAAAGUUGCUUAAACUACGCUACGUGUACAUAAUAAUAAUAAUAACAAAAGAAGAAAAUUAGAAUGGAGAAGGGCACAUUAUAGUAAAACUAAUCAUGGCCCUUUAACAAGAUUAACUUUAUUCUUUUGUAGUUUUGUUAUUCAUUAAAACACAAACACGCACGCACGCACACACACACGCACACAAGUCAAUAUUGAGCAAGAUAAUAUUUUUUAAGUGCCUUUUUGAACAGGAUUUUCGAUGAUUUAUUGCGAAUAGAAAGGGGAAGAUCGUUCCAAUAGUAUUUUCCAAUGACGGUCGGGCAAAACUUUCGAAUAUUAAUUCUUGAGUGGGGAAUGUGUAAUUGCUGAGCAGAUUGCUGACUUAGGUACAGUAAAAAGUGAUGAGUACCUAUACUUAUUCAAGGAGAAAAUAAUUUAGUAGUGACAAUUUUUAGCAACCCAUUAUUUCAUUAUGUUUGAUACAAGUUUUAAAAUGAAAAGAUUCCCUUUUUUGAAUAAAUUACACUUCAUACACAAUAAUCUCUAAACUCGGACUCGGAGAGAAAUACAGUGCAAUCCCGAUUUUUCGAGCACUCGAUUUAUCGAAACUAAGUCCUUAACUAACUUAUGACAUAACUAUUCCAUUGUAAUAACUAUGAUUUUACUCAUUACAAUCUCUGCCUGGCACCUGCUUUAACUCUCACUACAACUUUUCAUGCCUUAUCUGUUGCCUCAUUCGUUGGGGCAGAACACUAUAUGACCUUGACCUGCUGCCACCUUGAGUUGCACCCGAUCCUGAUGAUUCUCUCAGAUACCGUGUCUCAUUCUAACACGCUAGUCAUUACCUUUUGACAGGAUUAAACCAAAUCCUCUCUCAUGAUGGUCACCGUCAUCCAGUUCGGAGUACAGCACAGUUUCGUCUCUCAUUUCAAUCAUUUCCAGGAUGCUAAUUCAUACCUCCUCAUUUCAUUAACCAACUGGGCACACACAGGUCCUGACGUUCCACUUACCAAUCUCCACAUACUUUUUGCGAUAGUAAUUUCAUAGGCGGCUUAGGUGUAAUUCUUACUUUAAGUGUUGGUUCAAUCGUUGGUCAACUUGUGCCUGAGCUUUCCCAUAAUAGGGCACAAAGGCGACGCUAGUUUCCGUUUCCGUAUAGGAAGGUUUUAUGGGACUAGGUUAUUAUACCCCCAUCCAACCCCCCACCCAACCUAGAGGAUUGGACCACUCUCCGUCUGGCCUCUAUCCUUCAAUCUGCUGGGCGUGAAUGUUCCUAACAGGAAAGUAAAACUCCAGCCGACAAAGCUCUCAGGGUCAUACAGACUCGCAAACAAUCCUAACAUGAUCAAAUAGUGAUCCUAUUGGCAGAGGUUAACUUUAUAUGAUCUUUAACUUGUAAUAAAUUGUGUUGACUGACCUUCCGAUCCUUGUUUCCUUUUGAAGACACUUCCUUUCAGCUGGGAUCAACCGUCUUUCUCUUGGCAUCCAGGUAUUUUAGCUUACUGUGUGUGCAUAUCUUUGAAAAGCCUUGUUUAAGGAAAGAUCAUAAAGGAUUAAAGGAUGUAUUUAUUUAUGUAUGUAUGUAUGUUAGGGUAUAUAGUAACCGGAUAAAACAAUUGUGGGUUGGCUUUUUGCUACACUUGAACUAAAAAAGAACGAUUACACAUAUAAAAUUGUGAUUACUUUAAUAAAUUUGUCAAAGACAGAGAGAGCGAAAGAUCUUGUAAUUGGUGAUUGUUUUUUGGUAGAAUUUUUCUUUAGCUCAUUAGAUCAUAUACCCAUGUAUUUUGCGCUAUAUAAAUAAUAAAGUUAUAUUAUGUUAUGUUAUGUUAUGUUCUGACCAUUUUGAAAACAGUUCAAAGAACGAUCCAGCAGCAAGGUGACUUUCAAACCGAAGAAUGUUUAAAGAGAAUUUUACAUUCCACUGGCCAGUUAUAAUAUAGAGCUUUUUCAGUCGAAUGCAUCUAGAAAAAGCCACAGAUUCUUCCGAAGUUUAUCAUAAAAUAAUUCCUUAUUACAGAUGUUCAUUUGACAGUUCAGCUAAAAAUGGUUUUACUACGUUUUUGUAGGCCUUCAAUCAGAAAGAUUUACUUCUUUUAGGAAGAGAUAACACCGUCAAGGAUUCACUUCAGUAAGUUUGCUGCUUUGUUGCGCAACCUUCCUCGCAGACUGACCCCUGUUACAGGUAGUUACUUUCAGACCAGCACGUAGGGAGCUGUGUGAUGUGUUUUCCCAAGUCACUGAAAGUAAUCCAUGGGCCGAAUCUGGAAGAUGAUAAGGUGGAAGGAUUCUGUAUGCACGUUAAGGCUGGCUUGAGAGAUACCCUGAUAUCAGCCACUGAACCAAAACUGCGAAUUCUUCACUGUUUUUCCAAUACUACUUGAAAACAUCUAUAAAGCAUUUUCAAAGACAGUACUCCUUGCAAAUGUUAUAACCAAUUUGCUACGUGAAUGAACUUGGCGUCAUAUUACAAGAAGGAAACAACUGAUGAGAGGGAUACUCGAAGAGCUCACACCAGCCAAUUCCAAACACUGAUCCACCUCACUGACACAUGCAGAAAAGAUCUGGUCAAACAAAGGGUACAUGUCCCCUUGCACCUCAUUAAAACCUCGUAUUUCAUUGGACCUCUAUAUGUCACAUUUUUUUGGUUGGGGACUAGGUUCCAUCAGAAACUAUGCUGCCACAGUGCUUAUAGUUUUCUUACUCAUCGUUAAUUUCAUUUAACUGCCAGGGCUUUGCAGGAGGCAAAAUCUAUAUUUCCUGGAAAGGUAUCAAUAGAUCUUCUGUUUGGUCGGCCACACCAAUCACUGGAGGGAUGGUCCAAGGAGUUACUCCAGGUGUGACAUGUACUCAAUGCUGCCAGCUACUCAAUCAACUAUCCACAAAAGGCAGACAAGACACAGGGAGAGCCUUAAUAGUCCAUGAUUAAGAAAAGCGGCUGCUGGCCAUCAGCCUGCCUUUACUGUUGUGGUACACCCCAGUAGAUAUGGAACAACUUAAGCAAUGACUUGAAACAAACAAAAGGCAUUCAAGAGUUUAAGAAAUGUUUAAUCAUUGAAGGGAUUAAUAUAUAACCUGUAGUAGGUCAGAAUGUACGAUAUUGUAAAUAGGUUAUUUUCUGUUGUUUUGAUAUCAUGCUGAGAAACUCUUUUUCAAGGAAGCUCACUCAAGUUUUUAUUUAUGAAAAUAGUUGGUGACUUUGCUAGGCCCCAUUUUAAGAUGGUUGUGCAGGAAUUUCAGAACUGUUCAUUUGUAACUCUCUGAUGGCAUUGGACCGAGUAUUCUAGUUCCCAGUAGUUCGUUCGUUCGUUUGUGGUUUGUUUGUUUGUUUCUUUCUUUCUUUCGAGACAAUCCAGAUAGUUGCUCUCUGUCGCUGAGUAGUUUAAAAUUUCGCUUUUAAAAUAACGAACCAUUAUGAGAUUUAUUUAAUAUACUUGGAUCGGACUCUGAUUACACUGAAAAAUGGUUAUUAGUAAUGUAAUAUUGGUUGCCUUGUGUGUUUAGACCAUAGAUGUCUGUGAUGACCAUGUUUCACUUUAUCAGCUGACUCUUGAGAGAGGCACACCACUUUUCAGAGAUGUUAAGUUGGGAAAAUUGGUAAGUUCGCAAUAUUAUGCACUAUAUCUAGGUUUUGUUAGGGUCAAGUCAACAAAAGCUGGUGUAUAUCCUAUUACGCCUUGCUGAGUGAUUAUGAUUGUCAAUUUUUUAUGUCACCUAUUUGUCCCUUUCUGAUAAUACGUACUAGACGUCAUUGCUCCCAAAAGUGUCCGAUGACUCAAGAUUGUUAAUGUCCAAACUUCUGAUUAGUUCUCUCGCCCCGACCUCCCUCUGUGACCACUGGUACAGCUCACACGCACAACGACGGCUGCGUGCAUUAGACUGACAGCAUUUGACUAUAUCUUAUUUGGAUAUCACAUUUUUUUCUGCUCAUUGCGCAGAUUUACGAAGGACAAUAAUAUCACCUUUUAAGUUUGCCAAGGCUUUUCUUAUUAUUGUUAUUAUUAUUGUUAUUACCAUUAUUAUUAGUGUCUGAACUAUCCCUAAGAGCAAGAAUUUGCUAGUAAACAUGCCUUUUGAUACAGUACUUAUCUGUUUCAGUCUCUUCCCAGUUCUGAUGUUGUUGCUGAAAUGUAUCAGAUGGCGGUAGAGGUCAGCAAUGUUCUUAGCAUCAAUAUCUUCUUAUUCUGUUCUCCAUUUAUUCUACAUUUGAAGGCAGUAUAACCGUGACAAGAUAUAUCAUUAUUGUUUUAUAGACGCUGUUAAGAAACGGAUUUCACAGAUAUGAAAUAGCUAACUUUGCAAAACCGGUAAGCUUAAUUUAGAUGAAGUCCCCUGUAUCAGCAUAAUUUUCUCACUUGCCACAAUUUUCUUUUACCAUGAAGAAUGGUUCAGUGAUUCAAUCCUCUCAGGGUGAUCCAAACUACAACUCUUUGGCACUGGAAUUCCCUUGUUAUUAGAGACGGGUUGCGGGCUAGUAAAAGACUUUGGGUUGUUAACGCCUUGGAUCCCGUUAGAAAAUAAAUCAUUACAGCGUAUGCGAUGAAAGUCAUCUUUGGUUUAAGAGGACAGUUUGUUUGCAUUGAUUCUUUAAUCACAUCUGAAGAUUUUUCGCUUUCUUCUGGAUUUCAGUAGUGGUUCAUUGUCGGACCCCUCUUUUUCAUUGUGAUCAUAAGGUAAAGAGCCAUUCAGGUGUUAAAAGUGCGUCGGACUCGCAAUGAGGAAGUCUCAAGCCCCAACCUUAAUUACGGUCCCGCGCGCGCUGCAGACUGCUAUCUAGAUUUGCUUAUCAGUCAUCAAGAGUUCAACUCCUCCCCGGCCAUACUUCUGAAUAACCAAGUGGUUUCCUCCUGCCAGUUAUUAUUUUUUUCCAACGUUCUAUUGAGGAAAUAACCAGGUAAACGCGCAAGAGCGUAGGCGAAAAUGAACAUCUAAGCCGACCGACGAUAGGAAGGUCUCUUAAGUAUCUUCACCACAAGAAAUUUCAUUAAAUCUUAAAAAUAUCAGCUCCGCAGACAACAACGUUUAGAAAAGAACAACGUUUGAUUUCCAUUUUAACAAUAGAGUUGCAAAGUAUCAUAUACCUCAACUGCAAUCGAAGAAACUUUCAGACUCAACAAUAUGCAUUCAUUAUUUUACCACCAUUUGUUCAUUUGCAGUUAUUAUUUCACCAACUUCACCACAGGGCUGUGCUCUAACAGCGUCAGGAGGCCUUUAUGAUGGGGAGGCUAAGCUCUGUGCAUCUUAUGAUUUAGUUUAGAGUUCAAUUUUUUUAAUGUGUUCAUUCUACAGGGUGCAGAAAGCAAACAUAACAUGGCAUACUGGAAUGGUACGCAGUUCAUAGGGGUGGGACCAGGAGCUCAUGGCAGGUAGAAGAGAUCAGGGGUAUUUUCAUACUGACUAAAGUGAGAACAAAGUUCACAGUAACACUCAUCGUAGUGUAAAUUAUAAACUAUUGACUUUUGCUGAAAAGCAAAGCAAUCUCAAGUUUGAGCUGUGAAAGAUUUGCAGUGAAUAAAUCAAACUACCCUGCGAACAGAGUCUCCUUCGAUCUUCCUAGAUAAGUCGGGAAGAGGAAGGAACCUCUGUCGACAUCCUCAACAAUUCAUAUUGAGCAUGCUCCAAAUUCAAAUUUUUCUGCGACGUCAAUCAAACCGUUACCGUAGCAUCCACUGUGUUUGUCAGCAAAUGUAAAUGUUAGCGGAAACGUACCGGUUCGUUUUCACCCUUCCGUAGCUGUGUGUCCUCUGGAUUUGGAAGCUCCAUAGGAACAAUUUCACCUUUGGAAUCUAAACUUGCCAUGUUUCAGUGUAAAGAAGUUAAAAAAUCUUAGAGCUAAGGUAAAACGUACGGUGCUUUUCAAAAACAAAGCAUCUAACCUUGAAACACAGAAACACACAAAACGGAUCGAAAUCCACCAAUCACAAACUACGACCUUUUGUUUCCUAAGAGGCUCGUUCGCUAAGAUGUAAAGACGAGAAAGCGAAGAAAGCGCCGCUUCUUCAGAUUGACUUCGUAGAAAAACACAAAAUCCAAAGACGUUUUUGGCAUCGCAGGUUGGGUGUUAUCCACAAACAGCUGUAAAAGAAUCGAUCAUUUAAAUGCAACAUGGAUUCUGUAGCCUCAUGAUCUUAUUUUGAAUUAAUGUCAUGGCAAACGCAAAAGAAUAAACAUAAAUAUUGUAUCUUAAAUAUUUGCAUUCAAAACCCAUUUAUUUAUCCUCCCAAGAACUUCGCGUAACACUUACUGGAUUGUGGAUCCGUUCACCCAAGUAAAAUCGGCCAAGUAAAUGGUUAAAUCCAAAACAAAAUCUAUCUCGAAUCUGGGUACAUUUUACAAUUUUUCUAAACGUUCAAAAACUAAACGUUCAAUCUAUAAUUUUCUCAAAAUUCCUGUAUGAAAUCGAAACGGCAGCUAUUUGUUUUGUUAUGGGGCGUGGGUGCAGAAAGAGUCAGCAAAACUCCAGAAUAUGCGUGCGUGCACAGAUAAAACUGGUUUAUCCAGUAUAAAACUUGUCUGACUCAUCCAAAAAGCUGGAUGAUCGGCAGAUCAAAGGAACUUGAAGAUGUCGGCAGAGUCGCUUCCUCUUUCCCGACUUACCUAGGAAAGAUCGAAGCGACUCAGCUAGCAGGGUAAAAUCAAACUUGUCUUAAAAGUUAAAUUCUCCGAUGCCUGUUGCUAAAAUAUGCUCCCGCAAAGUGAGCUUUCAAGACAGUUUUGGUCUUGAAAUCCUUCUCUUAAAAUGUUUAAUAGAUGUUUUUGUACCUACACGGAACAGGCCCCUCUGGUAUGUCUAGCCACGACAAGCAUUGAAAUGAACAUCUUCAAAGGACAAUUCUUUUGCAUCCAACUUGAGUUAUUUGAGACACCGCUAGUUUAGUGUCCUUUAUAGUGAGAGUUCUUAGGUAAUAGCCGGAGUUUAUUCCACCGAAACGUCUGUAACUUGUAACUAGUUACCGGCGUUUGUCUUCUUCUCCUGUUAUCGGUGUGUCUGUUCUAGCAAGGCCUGUGUCGGUAAGGUAAGAGUUUACUGCACAUGCAACAAAUCACAACAAAAAAGCCAAAUUUAGGGCGCCAUUAUUGCCCGUGAAAGAAUUGCCAAAUAAGUUGCACUUGAUUGGUCACUCGAUUGUCUCCACUAUUCUUGGCUUGCAACCACAUGACAAAACGGCCGUUGCAUGAAAAAAGGGUUUAGCUCCUAAAGUUGGAAAGCGCGUUAGUUUCUAUCCAGAGGUUAGCCUUUGUCAUUAUAAGGGCUUUCCAAGCACUGUUAUGGGUUUUAAACUGUGUGUUUGGUGUUAAAGAUUUAUUCCUUUAGGCAAUGGACUUCAAACAAGGCAGGCAAGAGUGCAGACGUUAGAGCCAAACAAUUGGAUGAAAGAGGUGUCAUUACUUUAUUGUGUUAACUGUUUUUUCGAGUACUUCAUCGUAAUACUUAAUAUGUAAAUUAUAACUGUAGUGUAGAGUCAGAGAAAAAAAGAACUCCACAACCAGAUUUCAUUGAAUAGCCACUUGUUCCAUCCUCAUAAUUAACAAUUAUCGGACGAGGUUGAACAAAAUAUCGUGAUUUGUCUGUGACGAGCAGAUCAAUUAUUUGCCGUUAGUUUUUCUGCUGGUCGUCAUCGGGCCAUGGUGUAUACUGGCUAGCUGUGGGUUAUUAAUGGAAAGUGACUGGUAGCCAUACUGUAUGUUUAUAGCAAAAGCUGCUCCUUUAGUAAUUAACUGCGGUACUAAUCGAAUGCUGUGUCACUUCAAAGUCCUAUGUGGUUGGUUAGGGUUAGGCUUUUUUCCUACAAGGGCACUAAUUUCGGUGGUGUUAAGUUGGAUUUUUUUUGUUAUUAUUUAAAGGUAGAGAUAAGGGGUCAUGCAACUAGAAAAGAAGUUCCACAAACAAAAUUUGAAGUGUAAGUAUACACACCUAAGCUACAAUUAUUAUUUAUAUUUCUACUUUAUACGAAACUUUUGGCGAAAGUCGAUGACGUCAUUAGUCUUUCAUCAAUGAAGCUUACUGAACGUUAAGUUAUUACCAAAGGUCUGUUUAUAAGGAGGUGAGGAAAAUUGGUGCUAGGGUUACCUUAGCAAGAGGGUUACCCUAGCACUCAUACAUUUCGUCUUUUUUACGCGACGUGUUUUCAAGGCGGGUAUGCUUACCGUGGCGCUAGUAUUACCCUACUUGAUUGCUAGGGAACCUGCCUUAUAAGGCCUACGGAUAACUUGCCUACCCGGAACAACUUUACUUUGUCAUGCGUGACCAGAAUCGUAAAAAUUUGAAGGGGUUAUCUAAUUUUUGAGCUAAAUUUUAAACUUCUGAACAAUAUACAAUUAUACGUAGAAGAGUUAAUCAAAAGUAACCAAAUUUCGUCAUUUAAGUGUUGUUAUGAGUGUGCUCAUUGCAAGGUCAGUAAUAAGCUUGGGCGUUUGUAUCGUUUUCGAUUAUGGUCGGGUAAAAUUAACCUUUUUACGCAGGAAUCUUAUUUGCUUGUGCAGGAUGUAUUGGCGAUGGUGUCAUAGCCUUUUUUCUUUAUCGUAUGAGUCAAAUGAAGUGGAUUCUCAUUACUUUGUGGAGGAAUCGUCAUGACUUCGGGUACCGAUAAUAUUUUAUUGUCCGAAGAUUUGCGGCAGUUUUAGGGGGUUGAGUGACAAGACUGGUGGCUUGUUAGUGUCACGCUUCCGUUUAAUAUUUAAUUAUAGCAAUAAUAGCGCAUUCAUUGUAUAUCGUUGAUCAUCUGAAGGGUAAAAUAUUCGCCACCGAGGGUUACUAGUCUGGUCCCAUCAGGCAGCGGGGCCAAGGUUUCAGUUUUCAGGCAGUGGAGGCUUUAAAGAAGUUCUUGUUUGUUUAUGUAAC